UCUGUGAUCAGAGAUGGCGGGCGCCUCAGACCCCCUGGAAGAUAUGCUGUUUUCCGAGGUGGAUGAAAAGGCUGUGAGCGACCUUGUGGGUUCACUGGAGUCCCAGCUUGCUGGUCAAAGCAACCCUGCAAGUAAAGCAGACGAAAACGGAGGCACAGGCUCAUUGGCUCUCGCUAACCAUCACUUAGGAAAAUCGCUACCAGCUCCAAUGGGCUCUACAACACUGGAACAACAACAACAACAAGGACGGCGUAAUAAGCCCGAGAUGCGCCAGGAUUUAAACUCUAAAGGCGUUGCUCCAGAUAAAAGUGUGACACCUCCGUCUGCGGAUUGUACACCUUCUUCUGGCGAGGCACCCGCCACUUGUGUGAACGCCACCAGCGGCGGAACAUCCAUCACAACUCGGACUGCAUCUGGUGUGACAACUUCGGCGUCGGCGCCAGUCAGCAUCAGCACCACAGCCAACCGCGUGUCGAAGGUUGUCUUGAGCUCGGGCGAGGCGUUGGUGGACGAUAGUGCAUCGAGGAAACGCCUUACUACACCUCGGAGAGGUUCGUCUCGGGUAAAGAGUUUUAACGGUGCAGCUAUAACGACGAGGCGGAGCAGUAACACGGCGGUGAGCGAGAACGUCACCCCCCCUGACUGUACUUCUACUCCGGUCACGCCGAUAAACACUUCCACGUUCUCCUUGUCCAGCCUGCGUGCUGGCCAGUCGUCUGUUGCUCUGGACAGAGGGACCCCUACCAUCGCUUUGCAGAGACUGCCUAAUCACAUAGUGGCCAGCAUAGCCCAGCAUGGAACCGGGACCACUGUGUCAGCUUUGGCCCAGCAGGGUGCUGGCAGUGGACCCGGGACAUCACCAACACCACAGGACAAAGUGGUCACAGACGCUGGAAGUCCUAUAGCAGAUGAUCAUCAGCCGAAAACUGAAGUGUCAAGUCAGUCUGUAAAUUCUGUAUCAAACCCUCCUGCAUCCCCCGUCGCCACGACAACGACUGCUGCAGCAUCCACUACGACCACAACAGUGACCCAGCCAGUGGUCAGACCUGCCACGGUGGUCACUACCAGCUCAGUAUGCGGCACAGGUCAGGCCGUGUCGACGGCGACCACUGCCGUCAGCAUGGUCCGACCGGCGGCUCCCGCCCAUACGUCUGUCCCGACUGCUCCAACUGCAACUGCCCCUGCUCCACCCCGCCCUGUACUGGCAACCCCUCAAAGGAUUGUAGCUCCUCAACUCAUUGUAAGGCCGCCUCAGCAGCAGACCACCAUUCAGCUCCCCCCUGGGUUUACCAUACCACCUGGGAUGGUGCUGGUGCGUACAGAACUGGGGCAGCUGGUGAUGGUUCCUCAGCAGGCGUUGGCCCAGGCUCAAGCCCAAGCCCAGGCUCAAGCCCAAAACAACAUCUCACCACAACCUGCUACCCCCACCACAGGAGCAUCGUUCAGAGGGACGACGCCGCAGUCUCCUGCGACCCCUCAGACCACCAGACAGUGUCCUCUGCCCCUGCAGGCCAAGACAGUACCGUCUCCCUCUCCCACUUCUUCCAGCCCUGCUCUUCAAACCUCCUCCUCCUCUGCUUCCUUCUCCACCUCCUGUCCUGCGCUCCGUCCAAAGGGCCCCAUGGCGCCGGCCGUGGCUGUGACGGCUCCGCAGCAGACCCCCGUGGUCAUGGCCCCCCAGGCCACAGUCCAGGCUGCCUCCCAGCCGGCGCAGCCCACGCAGACAGCCAUCGCCGCAGCUCCUGGGGCUCCUGUCGUGUCCCAGCAGGAAAUGCAAGAGAACGUGAAAAAGUGCAAGAACUUCCUCGCCACUCUAAUCAAGUUGGCGUCGCACAAUUCUCCGUCUCCCGAGACUUCUAAAAACGUUAAGGCCUUGGUUCAGGACUUGCUGGAUGCGAAAAUUGAACCGGAGGAGUUCACCAGUCGGCUCCAGGCUGAGCUCAAGUCGUCCCCCCAGCCUUACCUGGUGCCCUUCCUUAAGAAGAGCCUCCCAGCCCUGCGGCUGUCUUUGCUCAACAGUCAGCAGUCCCUGACCCAACCGCCUCAGCAUGGAGUCAAACCAGCACCCUGUGGCACUCCUCCUGCCAUCGUGACUGGCCCAGCGGUCCGCUUGCGCCACCCGAACAGUAUCAGCCCCAACACGACUGUGCUUCCUUCUGGACAGAUCGGUCAUGCAAUUGGUUACAAGACAACAAACACUGCGACAGGACAAGUCCGGGUUCCAGUGAUGAUCACGCAAUCUGUCAGAACACAAGGCACUAUCGGAAAAGGAGCCGCCAUCCAAACAGGCAGGAGUCCCAUGGGCUUGGCUGUUCAGAUAUCCGGGAAUCAAAAGAAUAAGCUCAACGACCCAGGAGGAGGCUCUUUCAGAGAUGACGACGACAUCAACGAUGUGGCCUCCAUGGCUGGAGUCAACCUGAACGAAGAGAGUGCCAGAAUACUCGCCACCAACUCUGAGCUGGUGGGGACCCAGAUCCGCUCCUGUAAAGACGAGGCCUUCCUUCACCCGGGACUGCUGCACCGGAGAAUCCUCGAUACAGCGAAAAAGUUUGGAGUGACGGAGGUGCCUGUGGAGGCCGUGACGUUCAUCUCUCAUGCUACACAAUCACGACUUCGGACUGUUGUAGAGAAAGUGUCCACCAUUGCACAGCACCGCUUGGACUCCUGCAAGGAUGAGGAGUUCUACGAGCAGACCGAAGAUGUCCGCUCCCAGCUGCGCUUCUUCGAACAGCUGGAGAGAAUGGAGAAGCAGAGGAAGGACGAACAAGAGAGAGAAAUCCUGCUAAAAGCAGCGAAAAGCCGCUCCAGGCAAGAGGACCCAGAGCAAGCCAGACUGAAACAGAAAGCUAAGGAGAUGCAACAGCAGGAACUGGCUCAGAUGAGGCAGCGGGACGCCAACCUUACAGCACUAGCAGCCAUUGGACCACGCAAAAAACGCAAGUUGGAUUCACCAGGGGCCACUCCUUCAGGGACCGAGGUUUCGGGCAGCUCGGCGGGCUCCCCGGCCGGCGCAUCCGGCGCGUCCACCUCGUCUCGCCAGUACACACGCCAGCGCAUCACCCGCGUCAACCUCAGGGAUUUAAUUUUCUACAUGGAGCAGGAGAGAGAGACGGCCCACUCGCUCCUCCUCUACCGCGCCCUGCUCAAGUAGCUCCUCCCCGCGCACACCUCAGCUCCUCCCUCACAAGCCACGUGCCUUCAGAACCGGUUUUUACGUUGGGACCGCCAUGUCGGUUUUGCAGAGAAGAGAUCUCCUCCUGUGUCACCUUUGUAGUUCAGCUCACCACCACGUCAAGGAGAGUGUUACUUUUACCGGAACGUGUCGCGCGUCUCUCUCGACAACUCACCUCAGACUCAUCGCACCUCAACACUGAUGUUUGUUGAACCACGUUCAAUGAAUGUAGCGGAUUUUAAACGUCACGAACAGCAGCGUCUAUAUCUCCCUCAUUACUGUACAUGUAUAUAGUUUCUUUUUUUUUUUUUAAACCUGCAUGUAUAUUCUCCCUGUAGAGUUCCACCCUGACCUUUGACCCGGACAGGUCACUCUUGGUGCAUAUAUUGUUUUUAUACAUCCAUUUAUAAUGUGAAGUGAGUGUAACUAGCAGGGCUGCACAAUAUUAACCAUACGAUAUGUCAGAAACAAUCGGAAAAUACCUGGCGAACGAUGAUACCUCUUUUUUAAGAUGUUGAAGAAGUGUAAAUAUGAAGAAAGUACGAGCCAGCAACGUCGCAUUUCUCUUUUAAGACUUGGCUUACACUUUUUUUCCUUAAAAAAAUGGAUGAACCAUUUAAAAGUUUAUUAAUAAUAUUGCUUUCGAUAAGGAAACAAAUGAAUGUGUAAAUGAUAAAUCAAGUUGUUUAUUAUACCUGUUCACUUCCUGUUUAUCUUAAUGGCACUUAAAACGUAAAAUUGAGAAUAUUUUUUAUGUGUUUGUCGAGAUGAUGGAUUUUAUUUACAGCAUCGGUGACUGAUAAAACAUGGCUGAUAAAACAUGGCGAUCUGAACUGGUUCAGUUAUGAUUUUAAUGGCACUUCACCUCGAAACUUGUUAAUGUAUUGUUCAGUAUUUUGAGGUAAAAAUCUGUUUCUAUAAUGUUUUAUUAUAUUUCAAAAGCUCCCCUUUACACAUGGCACUGAUGACUGCGAUGAUGCCGAUACCUGUCGUCACACUAAAAAAUACACUACGCAACGUCAGUCACAUCAGAUGGGCGUCACUUUUACUCACAGCUACAGAGCUAAGGCUACUAAUGUUUAGCAUCUUUUACUGUCACAACAACAUGGUGAGUGGUUCGUGAGACUUCGUGAAACAGUGUCCUAAUUUUCAGCGCACACUAGAUGGCGCUCUCUGCUGUAAAAUCUUUGGAUUUCAGAAAUUAUUUUGAUGAAACCACACUGGGACGCCACCUACUGAGCUCUGAAAAUGGGGACACUGUUUCAUGAAGCUUCAUCAGCUCAUUACUGAUCUAGAGUCUAGACAAAAACCACCAUCCUUCAUGACGACCAAGCGGCGCUAACAUAUUGUGCAGCCCUUCUGAAGAUAGCGAAUGUCUCAGCAGCUCCAUAAAGUGUUUCAUACUUUUUUAAGUGUUACGGUUGUAAAGUUAGACUGAAGAGUUCACGACUUUCAAAGUUAUUCGGCUUGUUAUCCGUCACACGACGACACCCGAGUGAUGUAGUGUUGUCCAUGAAGUUCAAAUCUUUAUUUAAACUGACGCCUAUGCAGCUUUUUCCUCGUCAUUUCUAAACACGUGUGACAUUUGAAACGUUGUAAAGUUCAAGCACUUUUGUUUUUUUUAAAGGAUCCGACACGACCAGCUGUAUUAUAUAUUGAUUUUUAGCAGUAUUGUCAAAGUAUUUUUUAAUAUAUUUUGCGUUUUGAACGGCCCGACUCGUCACAUCACGCCGUGUUUUUCCAACAAGCACAACACUCUGAAUUGUGGCAUUUCAAAGAGAGUUGUUUUUAAAAGCUUCUCGUAGUUUCACCGAGGUCAUUUCUACCACUACAGCUUUUUAGCCAAAAUGACAGAACGGUAGACAAACAGGGGAUUUAACAUCAAGUGUAACAAGGAUUUGUAAAUAUUGUUUACAAAGGUAUGUGUUUAUUAGAUCCACGUUAUUUUGGUAUAAAAACAACAACAGAAUCUUGUAUAUAUCUUGAGGAUUUCCUGUUUGUGUGACAAAUGAAACCGAUGUAUUUGUACCUAUUUUGUAAAGAAUAA